CCGCUUUUCCAGCUGGCCUGGGAUCUCACUUCUAGGGGCCACGCCAACUCGGCCCCAGCCGAACAGACGAUAUUUUUUCGCGAUCGCCCGCAGAUUUUUUCCCUGGAUCCAAGAUCUGUUCACCUUCUCCAGAGUGAGAUUCUCACCCGGCACGCCAAAUCACCCAAAACCGUGACGACACACUCUUCCCGGAUACCCCGCUCUCGGUCUUUUUGAUUUGCGUCCUAAAAACCCAGGCAUUCGGAUCCGAGCCCCACAUCUCGGAAGUGCCUUUUCCCGACGCAUUGCUAUCAUGUCCUUCACAGCUACUGCCACCCGGGAAGUUGCACCCACGAUAAAUCUCAGCGACUUUAGCCACCCGCCCACCACACAGAUCCACGCCGAGGAUGCGGGAGCUGAAACACGCUUGAUGCCGCUGGCGCCGCCCGCAAAACCCGGCGCGGCCCAGGCGCAGUUUUCGGAUGACGACGACGACGAGUUCAAUCUCGACAUGGUCACGAUGGACAUGAACUUCGAACAGGCGUACUCCAUGUACACCCAGCUCCAGCAAAAAAACGCGUUGCUGGAGGUCGAGCACCUCCAAAAGGCGCAGCAGCUCAACCACAAGCAAGCGCACGAGCAGAUCAGGCUCUUUCUGGACGAAGUGCUACUUUCCCAGCAAGCGCCACGGCCGGCCGGCGCGGAUAAACAAUGGGCCCGUGCCGCCGAGCUGUAUCCUGGUGAUUACAGCUCCCAGUGCCACGCCCGCUUCUAUCCGGAAACCCUUCUAGACCAAACAGGCGGCCCGUCCAGGAACAUGGCCCACACCGUUGAAGCAGUACAGCAUGCGGCGUGCCACGCGGCCCUUCCGGACAUUUCGGGCGCGCCCUUGAUCUCACCUCCUGGCGAGAUGGUCGAGGGCUUUGUGGAGAUGUUCGCUGGGCAGCAAGCCGAGCAAACGACCGUGGGCGACGGUUUCCCAGCCAUGAACGAGGAAGAGGAGGCGGACCAGUUUUUCUCGACCACCGAGUCCAGUGCCUUGGAAAGGUUCCUCGACAACUUAGCCUCAUCGUCGGAAAUCAACCCGCUUGAGUUCUACCACCCGAACCCGCCAAAGCUCCCGCACAUGUUCGAGAUGCGAACCAUGGGACAGCAGGAGCAUUUUGGCGCGCCUGCAAAUGCAAAGCCCGAGCCCGCGGCCGGCUUCCAGAUGCACCCAAGUCAGGACUUGGGCGGUUUUGGAGGCGGGGCAAAGCCGGCCCAGCAGCUCCAAACCCCAGACACCUCGGUAGGCCAGGUACAGACCAAGCGUGUGCGGGACGCCCCGGACGCGUCUGAGCCGUCCGCCAACAAGAGGAAGUUGGCAAAGCCGCUUCUCAGCUCCACGCAGAAAAGACUCAACCACUCGCACCUGGAGCAGAAGCGCCGCCGGCUCUGCAAAGAGGCCUACGACCGGUGCUUGAGAUUGGUCACCAACGUGGAUGACUACAAAAACGAGUUGAUCCAUGUGAGCGCCGACAAAGGCUCGAAAAAGAAGUCCCGGCGCAGACAGCUCACCAAGGACGGCUUGCCCAAUUUGUCCAAGCACGCCGCGUUGCAAAAGAUUAGCAGCGAGAUCUCCAAAAUCCAGAGCAAGAACGAGGAGUUGCGCAGACUCAUUGGCGGGGCCUGAACACGUACAUAGCCAAGCUGUUAUUUCUCUGUUGUCCAGAACUUGCAUUCCGCGGGUAUGUAUGGGGCUUCAGCUGCCCCGUGCUUCCGGGAAAAGACGUCCAUGUAGCUUCAGUGGCAAAAGUGCAGAAUGGAGGCCGCUGGUAAAGCCCCUCGGGACAGGCUUCACAAGAAACAAAGUGUGCAAUAAACAAGUUGAGAUUAAACAAGGAAAGAUCAAACCAGUUGAGAUUAAAAAAGGAAAAAUCAAACAAGGAAAAAUCAAACGAGUAAAGAUCAAACAAGUAAAUAUCAAACAAGGAAAGAUCAAACAAGUAGAGAUCAAACGAGUAAAGAUCAAACGAGUAAAGAUAACAAGCUGAGAUCAAAAA